AUGGUUGAAUAUCCAAAAAUAUCAGAAAUAUUAGCAGAUACAGGUUCAAUAAUAUCUUGGAUACUUUCAAUAUCAUUUAUUGUAUCAAAAUAUAAUGAAAAUAUUUGUUUAUAAAAAACAUAAAAAGAAGUUAUUUAAAUGUAUUAUAAUGAUUUUAUUGAUUUUAAAAUAAAAAAGAAUUUGUUAGGAAAAAUAAAAAGUGUAAAUUAUAAAGAAAAAGAAUAUGAUCCUUAAAAAUCAGAAGAAAUAUUAUAAAAAUUAGAUUAAAUUGUUAUUGAAAAAAUGAAUUAUUUAAAUUUAUAAAAUGAAGUAGCUAAGUAAAUAUUUUUUAUUAAAUUUAAUUUAGAUUAUAAUAAAUUUUAUAAGAACAUUUAGGAUUAGAAAAAAUUAAAAAAUAUUUAGAAUCUAAAUCUAAAUUAGAACUUCUUUUUGAUAAAUUAGGUGUACCUGAUGUUAAUUAUUAGAAUUCUUUAAAUUAAAUUGUAAGUUCUUAAUUUUAAUUAUUUAAAGUUUCCAUAAAAUGAUGAACAAUUUGGCCAAAAUUUAUAAAUUUAGUAAGAUGGAUUGAAUGAUUUUCAGAAUAAUAAAGAUAAAUCACUUGAAUAAGAAUUAGAGGAUAGGAUCAGAAUUUUAAACCUUAAAGUACCUCAAAAUAAAAGUUUAAAAACAUAAAAUUAAACCUCAAUCAGUUUAAGUUAAUUACAAUUCAUUCAUAAUCAUUCAUAAGCUAAUGUUCGAUAAAAAUAAGAUUUUAAUUAAUGA